UUCAAUUGUCAACGAAAGUAGCACCAGUGUACCAUGGAAUUUCCAGACUUAGGGGAACAUUGUUCAGAGGUCACCUGCAAACAGCUAGAUUUUCUUCCUCUGAAAUGUGAUGCUUGUGAGGACCUAUUUUGCAAGGACCACAUAACCUAUGGCCAGCAUAAAUGUACUUCUGCAUACAAGAAGGAUGUGCAAGUACCGGUCUGUCCACUGUGUGGCGCUCCUAUACCAGUAAAAAGAGGAGAGCUGCCAGACAUUGCAGUAAGCCAACACAUAGACAGAAAGUGCAGCUCGAAGCGAAGAAAAAAGAUUUUCACAAAUCGUUGCUGUAAACCAGGAUGCAAAAAGAAGGAGCUGAUAAAGUUUGAAUGCGAUCAGUGUCACAAUAAUUUCUGCCUGUCUCAUAGACACUCACAAGAUCAUGACUGCAGGACCACAGGGCCAGCACUUUCCAAAGCUGGAUAUGCAGCUUUGAUGCGAUCUCAGAAGACUUCUGAACAAAAUACAGCAGCAGUUCAAAGGCCAUUUGUUUCUCAGAAAGUGGAACAGCCUGAAUCCUGUAGAGCUGAAGCUAAACGUGACCCUCUUGAGGCCUCUGCAGUAGCUGAUCUUCAAAAUGGACUGAAUGAAGAUGAAGCUCUGCAGAGGGCUUUGGAGCUGUCCUUACUGGAAGCCGGAAUUAAUAAUCUCCUGACAAUGAGACAUCCACCCAUUGACACAGUAAAAAGCACGGGACAGUGAACUCUGAGAUGCUCUUGAUUGUUGGGAUACA